AGCUGUGAGCCAGUUUUCAGAAAUGAUCUUCUGCUAAUGGAUGUCAACGUGUUGAGUUUUUGAUAUAAUUAAUAUAUAAAGUAUUGUAUCUAAAACUUUAAAAAUGACAUUAUACCAUUUCGGAAAUUGUCUUGCAUUAGUUUACGUGCCAUACUAUUUAACUUAUAAAUAUUCAGGAUUAUCGGAAUACGGAGCAUUUUGGAAAUGUAUACAAGCGGGUGGAAUAUAUAUUUUUACGCAACUUGUCAAAAUGCUGGCACUUGCAACCUUUUUCCCCACAGCUGACAACGUCGGGCAAGAAGGCUUCGAUGUUUUCGGAGAAUUCCUGAAGUGUUCCAUCGACCUUGCAGAUCUGGUAGGAAUACUCCUCGUCCUGAAUGGCAUUCCAGGUAAAGGUCACGCUAAAGUAUUAACAGCUGGAAUUGGCUGGGCAGGAGCGGAAGUACUUCUGACAAGAUUCCUCCUCCUCUGGGUUGGAGCACGAGGAGCCGAAUUCGACUGGAAAUACAUCCAGAAAAGUCUCGAGUCCAACAUAAACCUAGUUCAACACAUUGGAACUGCGACUUUAGUCUGGCUAUGGUCGAGGCACGAUUUACGUCGCAGUUUGGUACCUAUUGUAGUUAGCAUGCUCCUAUUGACAGUUUACAGGCCAUUGAUUCUCGACUUUCUAACGUCAAUUUUCAUGGCAGGUCCCUGGCUGACACUUUUUAUAAAAGCCAUCACCACUUUAUUUAUGGGAGCGACAACUCUCCAUAUUUAUGCGGGCCUUGCUCAUUCCAUUGGUAUUUUCUGAGGGAAAUAGAGCUAUUCGAAAAAGGGAAAAUAAGAGGGCUGAGCCCACGAAUGUCGAACUUGAAAAUAUUUAGGUUCCGAUUACUACUGAUUGGUUGGGAGAAAGGGAAAGAGUUUACUUCUCUAUAGAAUGAAUUGAAUGAACCUGAAUAAUAUUGUUCAAAAUAAAUUUUUACUCGAAAGAAUUUUGCUAUCAAUUGGAUUUCAAAAUUAGAUAGCAAGAAACUGUAUUCAGUGCAAGUGUGAAUAAUAAAUAAGACUGUU